UUCACCCUUUGUGAAAAAAAUAACUUUUUCGGUGGCAGAGAUCAAUGAACGGAAACGUCUUGUCGUUGACGUAUCCUUCAGACAGUCGGUCGCAAGCCUGGUACGAGUCAGGCAAUCCCCGCCAAAGCAACCGCACUUCCGUCACCAAUCACAAGAAUUUCAACCUCGCCACUUUCACCCACACGGCCUUCUCUACGAGCAGUGCCAUUGCGAGAUCCGCCUCUUAGUCAUUCACUUGACUGCCUAUUUUUCGCACUUGUCCGGCCGAGCUACGCUAUCGACCACUUCCCCGGCCAUCGUCAACGCCGACACAAGUCCUAGGAUAAAACCUAGUCAACCGGUCCAUCGCAUCUUACCACCCCCGAAACCGUCCGACCGCCACGAUGCCGCCCAAGAAGAAGGGAAGCAAGAAGAACCAGCAGGACGACUGGGAAGCCGAGCUCGGCGAGACCAUCGAUCCCAUAGCUGCUGCCACCGAGGCCGCGAAGCAGGAUGAGGCCGACGCAGACAAAGCCGAAGAUGAGGAGGUGAGCGGAGGCGGUGGCCUGAUGGCUGCACUCCGCAAGAACAAGGGCAAGCGCGCGAAGAAGGGCAAGAUCGCCGAGGAUUUCGUCGAGGGCGAGGACCCCACCGCUGAUGGCGCGAGCGGCACCCAAACUCCCCAAGACGCUGCUGUCGACUUCUCGUCCAAGGCGCCUGAGGAGGCGACCAUGGAUGACGAGGACGUCUUCGCACAGCCGGCCAAGAAGGGCAAGGGCGGCAAGGCUGCUCAGCAGAAGCAGCAGCCCAAGGAAGAAGACGAGGACGAGGAUCCCGGCCGUAUGAAGACUAAGAAGGAGAAGGAAAAGGAGAAGAAGGAGCGCGAAAAGCAGAGGAAGAAGGAGCAAGCCAAGAAGAAGACGGCUGCUCCCCCUCCUGCUCCUAAAAACGAACCUAAGGUCGAGGAGAAGAAGGCCGAAGCCGCUCCCUCUCCGGAACCCGCUGCUCCUGCGGGCGGAAAGAAGAAGAAGAUCAACCCCGCGCUUGCUGCUCUCCAGAAGCAACAGGAAGAACGGAAACGUCGUGAGGAAGAACUUGCCCGCCUUGAGGCUGAGGAAAAGGCCCGUACGGAAGAGGAAGAGCGCCGGGCCGUUGAAGAGGAGAAGGCCAAGGAGGAGGCCAGAGCUGCCAAGAAGCAGAAAGAAAAGGAGAAGAUUGAGCAGCUUAAGCGUGAGGGCAAGUAUAUGACGAAGGCCCAGAAGGAGGCUAAGGCGAGGGCCGAUGCACGCAUGAAGCAGAUGAUUGAAAGCGGUGCCAAGGUUGCGGGUCUUGAGGAGUCCGCAGAGAAGAAGAAGCCCGUUUACGAAAAGAAGAAGAAGGGCAAGAAGGCGCCAGAGACCCCCAAGGUUGACGCUGCCGAGGAAGAGGCCAGGCGGAAGCUCGAGGAGCUGAAGCUGGCCAAGGAGCAGGAAGAAAGAGCCGCUGCUGAGGCGGAGAAGGCGCGUAAAGAUGCCGAAGCCAAGAAGGCUGAGGAGGAGGAAGACGAGCUUGACGACUGGGAGGCUGAGAUGGACAAGGAGGACGGUGCUCCGAAGGCCGAGGAGAAGGUCAAGGACAGCUGGGAUGCCGAGUCGGACGAGGAGAAGCCUAAGAAGGCCUCUGCCGCCGCUAACGGCAAGGGUGCCAAGAAGGCGGCGGCCUCCGACUCUGAGUCCGAGUCUGAGUCUGAUUCUGACGAGUCGUCGGAUGACGAGGAGACGACUACGACGAAGAGGGCCGAAGCUGCUCGCAAGGCUGCUGCUGCUAAGCGUCGCCAGGAGCAGCACGAGGCUGCACUUGCCGCCCGCUCCAAAGAUGACUUGCGCUCGCCCAUUUGCUGUAUUCUUGGUCACGUCGAUACUGGUAAAACGAAGCUGCUGGACAAGAUUCGUCAGACCAACGUCCAGGAGGGCGAAGCUGGUGGUAUCACUCAACAGAUUGGUGCUACGUACUUCCCUCUCGAUGCCCUCAAGAAGAAGACCCAGGUUGUCAACAAGGACGGUGCGUUCGACUUCAAGAUCCCCGGUCUUUUGGUCAUCGAUACCCCUGGUCACGAGUCUUUCACCAACCUCCGUUCCCGUGGUUCGUCGCUUUGUAACAUUGCCAUCCUGGUUGUCGAUAUCAUGCACGGUCUCGAGCCUCAAACCCUCGAAUCCAUGCGCCUGUUGCGUGACAAGAAGACCCCCUUCAUUGUCGCGCUUAACAAGAUCGAUCGUCUGUAUGGCUGGAAGAAGAUCGAGAACAACGGCUUCCAGGAGUCGCUUGCCUUCCAGGGCAAGGCUGUUCAGAACGAGUUCCGCGAUCGUCUCGAAAAGACCAAGGUCGCUUUCGCCGAGCAAGGAUUCAACUCGGAGCUCUUCUACGAGAACAAGUCCAUGGCCCGCUACGUCUCGCUUGUGCCGACCUCCGCCCACACCGGCGAGGGUAUCCCUGACAUGAUCAAGCUCAUCUCUCAAUUGACGCAGGAGCGUAUGACCAACAGCCUCAUGUACCUGUCCGAGGUUGAGGCUACUGUCCUUGAAGUCAAGGUCGUUGAGGGUCUGGGUACCACCAUCGAUGUGAUUUUGUCCAACGGUGUCCUGCAUGAGGGUGACAGAAUCGUGCUGUGCGGUACACAAGGUCCUAUAUCUACCAAUAUUAGGGCCUUGUUGACGCCGGCCGAAAUGAAGGAGUUGCGUGUCAAGUCGGCGUACGUGCACAACAAGGAAAUCAAGGCCGCUAUGGGUGUCAAGAUUGCCGCUGAAGGUCUGGACACUGCGGUCGCUGGUUCGCGUCUCAUGGUCGUCGGUCCCGAUGACGAUGAGGAGGACAUUGAGGAAGAGGUCAUGGGCGAUCUCGAGCAACUCUUGUCUCGUAUCUCCAAGACUGGUCGCGGUGUCAGCGUCCAGGCUUCCACCCUGGGUUCGCUCGAGGCCCUGCUCGAGUUCUUGCGCGUUUCCAAGAUCCCCGUCGCCAACAUCUCGAUUGGUCCCGUCUUCAAGCGCGAUGUCAUGCAAGCGGGUAUCAUGCUGGAGAAGGCGAAGGAAUACGCGGUCAUGCUCUGCUUCGACGUACGCGUGGACAAGGAAGCGCGCGAAUAUGCCGACCAGGUGGGCGUCAAGAUCUUCGAGGCCGACAUUAUCUACCACCUGUUCGACGCGUUCACGGCGCACAUGAAGGAGCUGGAAGAGCAGCGCAAGGAGGAGAGCAAGAUGCUGGCCGUGUUCCCAUGCGUGCUGCGCCCGGUGGCCGUCUUCAACAAGAAGGACCCCAUUGUCGUGGGUGUCGACGUGGUCGAGGGCAACCUCAAGCUGCUGACGCCCAUUUGCGCCGUCAAGGAGAACCCGACCACCAAGCAGAAGGAGGUCAUCCAGCUCGGCCGUGUCGUCGGCAUCGAGCGCGACCACAAGCCCAUCCAGGUCUGCAAGAAGGGCCAGCCCUCCGUUGCGGUCAAGAUCGAGGGCAACAACCAGCCGCUUUAUGGCCGUCACCUCGAGGAGAAGGACACGCUGUACUCGCUUAUUAGCCGCCAGAGCAUCGACACGCUCAAGGACUUUUACCGUGCCGAUGUCAGCAUGGACGAGUGGGCGCUGAUUAAGAAGUUGAAGGUUCUGUUUGAUAUUCCUUAGGUGGGUUUCAUGCAUGAUGAUGAUGACGAUGGUGGUUGUGGGUGGGGGUUAGGUUGGGUUAGGCAGUGGGUUGUAGCUAUGAAUGAGGGUUGCGCGCGCGGUAGGAUAUGGAGAUUGCAUGGUUGGAUGUGUGCUCGCGGAAUGCAAAAAGACCGGAUAGCAUUGGUUGUGAAUGGUAUAUUGUUUCCUCUCUUUCUCCUCCCUUUCCCUUUGCUGCGAGUGUCAGUGAUGAAUAUACUCGUAGCGACCCGUGACAAGCUUUGAAGUGGGCCGUUCUGGUACGUGAAUU